AUCCCUUCUCACAUGAUUGAGAUCCCCCUGCUGAAAUACUCUCUGGUUUCCCUUGGUUGUUCUUCUCUUCCCUAUUUUUCAGUGAUUUUUCCACUUCAUGUGUGCUCAGACUGGAAUAUUGGAGUCUGUCUGUGUUGCAGCCUGUCCCUGGGCUCCUCCUGAGCCCAUAGCUGUGGCUCCCUGUGCUUGACCCUUCCUGGGAUCUGAGAUCUCCUGCUGGGAAGCGCUGCAGGGUUGGGGGUAGAACUCCAUCAAACAACUCAUUUUUUUCCUGUUUGUUAUUUUUUCCCUGCCCUGAACGUGCUCACCCCAGUGCUGACAGGAAUCUGCUUUUUCACAUCUGGGCCCGGAUCCUCAGUGGAUACUUGUAGGAUACAGCAGAUACAUUACUAGCUCUUUGUCCUGUGUGCAAAAUGGCUUUCCCCUAAAAUUCCUUUCCCAGUCUCUUGCCCUCAGGAGAUGGGAUUCUUGGCUGAACUUUCCACGUUACCUACGGGGCUUUGUCUGUUCUGCAGGCAGGUCCUACAGGCUUCUCUGCAGUUGACUGAAAGCUCUGCUGUUCUCCCAAGCUCCACAACGUCUGACUUGGAGGCUCCAAAACAAGACACAGGGGCGCAGUUUGUACCAGGACACCCCAGCCUGCCGUGUGUGGUGUCAGGGGAACGUCUCUUUUUUUCCAUAGGAUUUUUUUCCACGGAGCUCUGCGAUGGAUCUCGCGUGUUCCUGCCUUUAGAAGGCGAGGGACUGUGGCUCUGUAAAUCCUGCCAUGAGCAGGCACCAGCUGGCUUCACUUAGCUUGUGUGCACUGAUUUAUUUUUUUGCAGGCAGUGCUGGAUUGUGCUGAUUGUAAGUGUUCCCUCAUGUUCCAUCAAAUACCCCCAGAACAGCAACAUCAGGAUCGACAGUCCCCAGAUUAGUGGUUUCAUGCUCUGGUUCUGCUUCAAAAGUGGUUUUCUUUGAGUUGGGUGUUGUGGCUUUUUCUUUCUUGUGUGUAUGUCCCUUCCCACCUCCGUGUCCUUCUUGUGUUGUUCUCCAGGGACUCCAGGGCAGUAGGUGGAGCGGGGGCCUGUAUUGUGUCCCUUUCCUGUGGAGUUGUUGCUCUUGGCCAGCUUUGCUGCCCUUAUUUAUAGUGGGAAAAAUCCGAGAGGCUGAGUUGUAGCACAUCCAGCUGCUGGAAUGGGUCUGGUGAUUCUUGGGGUGUGCAGACAGUUCCGAGGAGGUGGAUCACACCCCGGGUGAUGGCGGCAUGGGGGUAGAUGUUUUGGAAUCGGGUGACACCACACCCCCUACGAAGAGGAAAAGCAAGUUCUCAAGCUUUGGCAAGAUCUUCAAACCCUGGAAGUGGAGGAAAAAGAAAAGCAGCGACAAAUUUAAGGAGACUUCAGAAGUUUUAGAACGAAAGAUUUCUAUGCGAAAGCCAAGAGAGGAGCUGGUAAAAAGAGGGGUUCUGUUGGAAGAGCCUGAGCAGGAUGGUGAAGAGCCAGAGAAGCUGAACCCCCCUGCACUGAAGAAUGGCCACACAGUCCCCAUCAGUGGGCCCGGGGUCUGUGACCUGCCCAGCCAGGAGGAAGAGGCCACAAAGCCCUCCAGCCUUAGGAAGCCUGUUCCAGCAGAGGAACCAAAAAAGAGGCAGGGCUCCUCCAGCAGCCACCCUGGGCCCGAACUGGAACCACCUCAGGAGCCACAUGUUCCCAGACAGCCUCUCCUUCCUCCAAAAAGACCUCCCUCCACCUCCCAGGAGGCAAACGAGGCGCAGGCAAAGGAUCCAACGCCCGCCAGCAGCUCUGCAAGAACUGCCCCCUCCAGCACAGCCCCCACUGCAGCAAAGACAGUCAAUCCCACAGCUGCCCCUUCCCCAGCCCCCAGGACUCUGCUCCCUGCUCCUGCCAGUGCCAACACUACUGCUCCCACCAGUACAACCAGCACAGCUCCUGCCAAACAGCCUCCUGUCCCCCCACCCAAACCUGUCAACAGAAAUAGCAACUCACUAAUAGCGGAACUUUCCCAAGCAAUGAACAGUGGUACCGCCUUGUCCAAGCCUUCCCCUCCUCUCCCCCCGAAGAGGGGCAUCGUGCCCAACAACACCUCAGAGGUUGUCCCCUCCAAGCCCCCCAACGACAGGACGGGGACGGCGACUCGCCCGGCGCCGAUCCCGCUGCACGUGAGCUCGGCUCACCCGCCGCCCUCGCCCUCACCGCCCCUGCCCACACACGUGCCCCCCGAGCCCCCACGCAUGCCCCUGCCCACCCCUGCCCCCACCCUGGACCCCCCACGCUCCCUGGACCUGCCCAGCGAGACCCCUCCACCCCCAGAAGAGUUCAGGUCCGUGGAAGUGUUGAAGAGGACAGCGGAGCAAGGCUUUGGAGAACCCCACGUGCUGCCCCGCCUGCCCCAGAUCCCGCUGCACAUCCGGAUCCAGCAGGCUCUGAACAGCCCCCUGCCCGUCACCCCCCCUCCCGAGGGGUCCCACAGGGCUCACUCCCUGCUCUUUGAGAACGAUGGAUUCGGGGAUGACAAUGGCACCCUGGGCAGGACGAGGUCCCUGCCCGUCACCAUCGAGAUGCUCAAAGUUCCAGACGAUGAGGAAGAGGAAGAAGAAGACCAGGAAGAGGAGCAGAAUCCGUGUCCUCGUGUAUAUAUUGGAGAUGUGCCAUCUGUCACAGUCAUCCCCAAACUGGUACCCCAGGUCCUGCCAGAGGAGCAGGAAGGAGACGAAGGGAUGAGCGACUCUGACUCGGAGGGGCCCAUCCUGUACAAAGAUGACGAGGAUGAGGAGGAAGAUGAAAGCCAUAACAGCACGUUGGCCAACAAGGUGAAGAGGAAAGACACGCUGGCUAUAAAGCUGGGGAACGCGACCGCGCCGCAGGAGGACAAGAUCGUCUUCCCUCGGAAGAGCAAGGAGGAGUGGAAUGAGAUCCGGCACCAGAUCGGGACGACGCUCAUCAGGCGACUGAGCCAGAGACCCACAGCAGAAGAGCUGGAGCAGAGGAACAUCCUGCAGCCAAAGAAUGAAGCUGACCGUCAAGCUGAGAAGCGCGAGAUCAAGCGCCGGCUCACCAGAAAGCUUAGCCAAAGGCCUACGGUGGCAGAGCUGCAGGCCAGGAAGAUCCUGAGGUUUAAUGAAUACGUGGAAGUAACAGAUGCUCAGGACUAUGACCGGCGAGCGGAUAAGCCGUGGACAAAGCUGACACCAGCUGACAAGGCGGCCAUCAGGAAGGAGCUGAAUGAGUUUAAGAGCUCUGAAAUGGAAGUGCAUGAGGAGAGCAAGCAGUUCACGAGGUACCAUCGACCAUAAUCUUCCAAGAAGGGAGCAAGAGACCCGAGAGGCCUGGAAGUUCUCUGCGUCCCUCUCCUAGGCAGUACAGCGAGGGUGGAACCCUGGCUCUUCCAAGAUUUGCCUUCCAACCAUGUCCAGAAAAGGGCUUUCAGCCAGGGAAAGGGGAAUCCUGUCUGAAUGUAGCAUUUCACUGGAACAAACACGUCUCUCGUGCCAUCAGGCUGGAACUGACACUAUACCUCGUGUGGCUCAGCAAUAACCCCCUGCCAGGAGACCAUGGCCAGGGGAACAGACUCCUUUUUGGGAUGCAAUUCCUCCUCUUUUCCACGAGGAAGGGGAGGAAAAAAAGAAAAAAAGGCAGCUCUAGUGUUGGGAAGCUGAGGAGAGGAUGUGCUUGGAAGCACGUGUGUGUGUAUAUUAGCUGUGUACAGAGAAACCUGGCACACAACUGACAUGUCACUCGUUAUUUUUUUGGGGUUUUGCUUGUUUCUGUCAUGUCCUUAAUGUCCUGAAUCACUACUGACCAACGGUUUGUUGUGCUGGAAGGGAACUGUAUAGGUAUUAACAUAUGCUGCAUCCUUUUUGUAAAAAAAAAAAAAACCACAAACAAAACCAACAAAAACCACAGAUGUAUAAAACAUUCCCUCCCCACCCUCUCACACUUGCUGUGAUGUUAAUAACAGAUCUUGAGAUAUAUCUAGGAUUGUUUAACAAAUUACAGAACCAGAAAAAUGACUGUUGCCUUUUAAAACUUUUUAAUUUGGGGAAAAGGUGAGAGUAGUCAAUCCUUUUUAUUGUGGCUUCCUCUCAGAUGUUUUUUACUCUCCCAAAUCAGGGUUGAAACUUGCCUUUUUUUCUCAUUUUUACAGCUAAACCUACUGGAAACUUGAUGAAUUUCACUGUGUGGGUCGAAGGGAGUGGAGGAAGAGAUUUAAAAAGUGACCUUAAAAAGAUGAUAUUUCUCUUCUGAAAUGUGGGGUUUAAAAAAAAAAAAAAAGAAUCUGUUAUAGGCCACUGCUGUAUUAUGCACAAAACCUAAACCAUGUGUGAGAUGCCACUUGUGAGGGAAGGGAGCGUGGGGAUGGGGAGAGGGGUUUUGCCUUGUUCACAGGCAGGGUGGCAACAGCCCAGCCUUGGCCUGGCACCCUCAUGUGACAUGGCGAAGGUUCUUCCCUCACAGCUCCCCCCCUGUACAGCCACCUGUAGACUUUAAACCAUUGCGUUGUAUAUCAGUCUCCUCAGCAACAGAUUUUAACUAUGGAAUAAAAGUAUUUUAGGAUUUUUUUUU